AUGCCGCUGCUCCAUUAUGGACCGCUGGUAACAGCGUUACUGGACUGGCAGCCAUGCGUAAAUCCAGCUAUUUUGUUGUACUUCGUGGAGCCAUUCCGAGCUGGACUUUUGCGCAUACUGGGACAAUCUGCAAAUGCGGCGUUCUUGUCAAAAAUGCAAGCUGCGACGACUGCAACGAGUGGAAGUCUGAUGCAGGCAGUGACAACCAAUCAGCGAAAAUCAUCUGUGGCUCCAGUGCCACUUUGCAGAUAUCCCACUGUAAGCAAAAUUCGAUCCAAUAUCACGUUUGGUGCUUACGACGGUAUGCCGCCGACUAUGGGCCAGAGAAAUUCAAUUCCAAAUAAAUCGUGUAGACUUUCUCCAAUAUAA